AUGUCCGGUAAGCGCGCAACCCGAAGCAGUCAGAACGCUGCCAGCCUUACCGCUCCCCCGUCUUCGUCGCCGACUUCAUCCCAUAAGUUGCCCGAGAACGAUGGUGGGACAGGCGCCCCAGACACGCAGUCGACGGCGACGGCGACGGCCGCGGCCGCGGCCGUCGUCACCUCGCAGCAGCGCCCGACCCGCGCCUCCGAGAGACACGCAGACGAUCUAACACACUCGCCCACUUCAACAGGAGAACCAGAGCCCAGACGUUCCGUACGCGCCACCAAGGGCCAGCACACAAAGGCCUUCGAGGCCCUCGAGAACGGCCCCGCCCCGCCCGCCCCGAAGCGCAAGGGCGCCGCCAAAAAGUCCAAGAAGGCCGCCGAGAAGGAGGAGGAGGAGGAGGAGGAGGAACAGGAGGAGGAAGACGAUGACGACGAGGUGAUCCGCUGCGUCUGCGGCGCCACCACCCAGGACGACGACGCCGCCGACGAGCCGUGGAUCGCCUGCGAGCAGUGUGGCGCCUGGCAGCACAACGUCUGCAUGGGCAUGAGUAUCUUUGACGACGAUCUACCUAAGGAGUAUUUCUGCGAACAAUGCCGCCCCAGCGACCACAAGGAGCUGCUGGACGCCAUUGCCAGCGGCGAAGAGCUGUGGGUCACGCGCCGCCAGAGGCACGAGGAGGAGGAGGAGGACCGCAAGAAGAAGAAGGGCAAGAAGGGCAAGGGCAAGCGCGCCAGCGACCCCAAGGACCGCUCGUCGCCCGCCGCCUCGACCACAAAGUCCAAGGCCUCGCCCGCCCCCGAGAUCAAGAAGGAGGAGACCAACGACGCUGCCGCCAAGAUCAAGCGCAAGUCGCGUGACCACUCCCAGGGGCCUUCCAGCAAGCUGCGCAAGGUCACCGAGACCCGCGCCGUGCCCGCCGUGCCCAAGUACACCCCUCCCGCCGACCUCGCCGAGAGCAUAGACCAGCUGGAGGGCAACCGUCGCAAGGUGGCCGAUAACCUGCGCAAGUCCCUCGAGGCCGCGCUGGAGCAGGCCCUCAAGAGGGGCCUCUUCACCAUCCCCAAGGACGCCACCAAGAAGGGCCUCACCGAGCGGCAUGCCAUAGAAAUCGAGAGGGCCGUGACCGACUCCCACCCGGCCCCCUCCGCUGCCGCUCACCAGUCCCGGUCCCUGAUGUUCAACCUUAAGAAGAACAUUGACCUGGCCGCUCGCGUCUUCAAUCGCACCCUUACGCCCCCGGCCUUGGCCGGCAUGUCCAGCGACGAGAUGGCGACCGAGGAGCUGCAGCGCGAGAUGGCCCAGAUGAAGGAGCGGGCCGACAAGCAGGCCGUCCUCCUUGCCGACGACGGCCCUCGUGUGAGGCGCACUCACAAGGGAGAGGAGCUCAUCGAGAACGACAGUUUCACCAACAGCGAAGACGUGCCGUCCGCCAUCCGUCGGCAGAGCGUUAGGGACGCUGUUGCCCCCGGCACUGGCAGGACGGGCAAUGACGUCGAGAACUCGGUCGAGCUCCCGGCCAAUGUUGGCUCUGGGCCUCUGCGAAUCGACACCCAGGCGAAGCAGUCGCCCCGGCAAGGAAACUUUGAUCUCGAAAAGGUCUUUUCGAGCGUCAAGUCGCCGUCCGGCCCCAUCCAGCGCCGGCCGUCGGCGCCGGCACCCUCGGCUGGGCCCGGCGAUGACCCCGAAGUGGAUCGCAUGUUGCAGGAGGACCGCGACUCCCCUCCUUAUUCCCCCACCGAGAAUCUGGAUCCUGACGUUGUCUGGCAAGGUCCGCUCAUGAUGACCAAUCUGGCCGACCUCAGGACGGUGGCCAAGUUCGCCGGGGGUGCCAACCUGAAGACCCUGAAAGGCAUCGAUUGGGAGAAUCUCAUCCCGUCUGUGCUGACCGUCGCCGGCCGCAUCCCAGAGGAGAAGGCAGUUCCCUAUCUUUGUGCACAGCGAUACAACAACCAGGUCGACCUUGUCAUCACUAGGUUGAGCCCGGCAAACCCCGCCGAUCCCCACGCCAACGCCCAGUUCGCGGCUGUCAUCGACUACUUCCAGUCCAAGAAACGAUAUGGCGUAGUGGGCGAGAGGAAGCUUGGUAAUGUGAGAGACACAUACCUAAUCCCCGUCCCGGCGGGCGAUGGCAACCUUCCAGAGCUGCUUGAGAACAUCACAGACCACCUAGUGCCUACGGUCCGGCCCACGCCUAUUCUGCUGAUGGUCUUCGUCGUGAGGGACGAGCAUAUCCCCUACGAGCGGCAGACCCCCACGGCACUCCAGCAGGCCACGCCGACCCCUUCGACACAGGCUCCUACUCCAGUACCUGAUCGGAAGCAGUCCGUCUCUCAGCCUACCUGGUCACCGGCCACCCCCCAGGGCUCGUUCCCCAACACGGGCACCCCCCAGACCCAGCAUCAGAGUCACACUCCAAUCCCGCCACCCGUCAUACCCGGACAGCCGGCCCCGCCCGCUGCCCUUCGUCAGACGCCCGUGGCUGCCCCUACCCUACCGCCCCUGCCGAACGAUGUCAACGCCAUCCGGCAGGCUCAGCUGGAGGGCGAGCAGAAGGCCCGCCAAGUUCUCGGUCCCCUGUUCAAUAGCCCCAGUGUGACAUUCUUGCUUCCACACGCCGCCAGGAUGAAGGAGGGGGAGUGGAAGGCGGUCAAGCGCUGCUUGGAACGCGAUCCCAGAGCCCGUGAUGACCUGCCCUUGCUUAGCAAGCUGUUGACGGACGAGGGCAAUAACGCCAAGCAAAACGGCACUCCACAGCCGCCCGCCCCUCAAGCGUCACCGGGCGUGGUGCAGAACACCAUUGCUGCCGCACAGGCGACCCUCCCGUCAGGCUCAUCACAAGCUCAUCAACCAAAGGCAUGA